CUCAAUAGACAGGUAGAAUACUACAGUAGCAGUAACAAAUAAAAUGUCUACAGCCUACUUAUACAUGCUACACACUACCGUGGUGCUUAGCAUAAGCCAUUGUUGACGGAAGGUUUUUGUCCGAGUGCCAGGUAGAAAAAAAUCUUCAUUAGUAGUCCUUACUCUAGAAAAUAGCCGUUCCGUCUUGCGCUAAUGCAGUUUUAUACUGAGGUGUUUAAUCUCUCCUGCUCCACCAAUUAUCGAUCUCUUAUCUGCCGCGGGUUUUUUAUAUAUGCGGCCAAGAAUUCUUAGCCUUCUUGUCAAAUGUUCCUUACUGGUUGUAAAAUUCAGAAACAUCGGGCGCCUUUCCGAACAGCUGUCGUAAUAUAGUAAUAUAUCCCCAAACCCCCUUAAUAAUGUGUAAAAUAAGAUAACUUCAAAAGUAAAUUUUUUUUCCAUCCUAUUGCUACCGGAUUCUAUACCAUGAAUUCCGACAAUUUCUCGAUAUCGGAAACCUUGACUGUGAUUUUACGAAAUGAGAGCCGGAAGCGAUUGUUUCGGGAUAUCAGCCUCACACAAACUUUAUUUGGACCAAUAUUCUUCAUAAUGUUUGCAGUUGUACUACAUGUGCAACUUCCGACUGCGUUAUACUUCGUCACGUGGAUGACCCUGACAGGUUUGAUUGGGUUCUGUUUUACACAUUUCCUAAUGCCCAAAACAUCCGCACACCCCAGUCUGGUGCCCUGUUUGUACAUAUGCAUGCUGUCCUGUGGACUGGCACUGGGUGUGGCUACCGUGGUGCAGGGAACACUACUGCUAACCUCUCCGCAUUUGCGGAAAAAUACUAAAAUUACCGGAUCACGGAUUGCCGACGGACCGGAAGUGGCCGGCUUGGGACCGGCAAUCGGCAUCGGCGCUUUACUGACAUCUUUGGAACUUGUUGCCGUAAUUAUGGUCAUACGUGAUUUAAUUGGAUGUUCACGAUACGGAUUACCACAGUCUAGACGGAAUUUGACAGACACAAGACCAAUAAUCCGCACAACAGUUGAUUAUCGAAUUGUACGCGAUCCGCGAGGACUGGCCAUCGGACUGCCGACCGAGUUGCACGCGUUAAAUGCUCUGAAGAUGGACAGUCCACCGGGAUACGACCAGAUUCCACCGCCGACCUACGACGAAGCGGUGCAGACGGAGGAGAUGGCAGGCGAACAGACUCCUCGGAAUACCACUUGAAUAAAGCUCAAGCAUGCAGAGCUCAAACGCUUUUUAAUAAGAGAGCUCCGCUCACACUCUGAUUCUUCCGGCUGGUCAAACCUUCGCUGAGCAAUAAGUAAUUGUCAAACACAUUAAUUUGUCGUAUACAGAGUAGUUACAAUAAACAUUAAAAUAUACGAUAAAGAAUGUGUAACUGUGAAGAAAAGUUGAAUGGUUCCGUAAUAUAUUGCUGAUCCCGGGUCUUUGAUCGAAGCGGUUGCACUAGAUGUACAUUUUCUUCGAUAAGAAAAAACCACCACAAUUCGAACAA